GCCCAUCUUACUAGGCUAACGCAAAAUCCCGUGCGAUUUCAUUAAAAGAAUCGGUUUCAGUGUUUCUGCGAAUUUGUGUCCUCGAUUUAGCAUAUUUUACGUUAGAGCCUUUUGUAUAAAGCAACGUUAAAAAAAUGGGAAAUGAAACCUCGCUGCCCAUGGAGCUUUGCUCAAAUUUUGAUGCUGAUGAAAUCCGUCGGUUGGGAAAACGCUUCAAAAAGUUGGAUUUGGACAAUUCCGGCGCGCUGAGUAUUGAUGAAUUCAUGUCCCUGCCAGAACUGCAACAGAAUCCACUAGUCCAGCGUGUCAUUGAUAUUUUCGAUGCGGACGGCAAUGGCGAGGUCGAUUUCAAGGAAUUUAUCCAAGGUGUGUCACAGUUCAGCGUUAAGGGCGACAAACUUUCGAAACUGAAAUUUGCCUUCCGAAUAUAUGACAUGGAUAACGAUGGAUUCAUCUCCAACGGCGAGCUGUUUCAGGUGUUAAAAAUGAUGGUCGGAAAUAACCUAAAGGACACUCAGCUGCAGCAGAUCGUGGACAAGACGAUCGUGUUUGCGGACAAGGAUGAGGAUGGCAAGAUUUCAUUCGAUGAGUUCUGUUCGGUUGUGGGAAAUACGGAUAUUCAUAAAAAGAUGGUUGUCGAUGUCUAAGCUCAGUCGUCUUUUCUUCUACGAGCAAACACGCUACCAAUCACAGGUCGGUACAGACGAAAAACUAACGAAACUCGUAUCUUUACCCACGGGAAAACACGUCGUCCUGCAAGCUUCGUCUUACUAUUGCAAUUACCUGCACCGUUACCCCACCGUUUUUGUCGUUGCGAAUAAUGGCAAAAAAUGGAAGGGUUUACUAUUAGGUAUUUUGUACACCUUUACCUUUGCCAUCCACACAAACACUCACACACUUAUUUCACAUGCGUUUACUACAAAAUCUGCUGCGUUAAAAAAAACGCGAAGAAAGAGUAAGCGCAUUCGCAUCAAAUGCAAGAUACAUCAAGUGAAGUGGGAUUGUGUUGGUAGUGUCUAUUGUUUUUAAAAAAACCAAUCCAUACAAUUUCCUAAAACAAUGUUUUUGUUUGUUCUUAAAUGUUUAAGAAAGAUGCAAAUGCUUUACCUAUUUACAUAUUGUUGAUGUCUCUGCGUUACUCUGCAAAACUCCGUUAUCAAACGUUUUUAAACCCAGAAAAAAUGAUUAUGCUUAGCAUUAUGUUGUAUCAUUUUGUUUUGUUUCAAUCAUUACUCUUACGUAUUAGACCAAUGUAGUUAAGUAAUAAUAAAAAUAAAAUGUGAGAUCUAUUAAUGAUGUAUUAAUUAGUAAUUCUCGAAGGUAAAGGUAUUUCAAAUGAAACUCGAACCUGUGCAUAUCCGAUCCCUUGAACUGGAAAGCGGAAAUAGUUAACUGUAUUUUUGUUACAUUUUAUUUCUAUAAGUUUCUUUCAGUUUGUUUGUUGACUUAUAUGCAUUUUCAUAGGUGUAUAAGAGCGCCAAGAGAAUUAUUUCACAAUACCACUCAACUCUAAAAUCAUCAAUCGGCUAGGUUAUUAAAAAUACUUUAGAAAUGGGAGGCAAAUGAAUAUUACAUAACUGUCGUCAACAAUUGAGGGUGAUUCAUUCUUGGCUAAUGCUAAUAGAGUAUAUUGCGCAAUUUACCAGCUAAAAUAAAAAAAACAGUAACAAACAAUUGAAUUGAAUAUUGUACGAAAUAUGCUUUUGAACUAACAGAGAUCAAUGAAAAUUUGAAACCAUAAACAAGCAGUACUGAUCUGAAAGCAAGCACAACAAAAUAUAACGAAAGCACCACAAUCGGCAUAAAAAAACAACAACUCAAACUAAUUGUAGUGUGCUUUUAAUUAAUUUACAAAUAAUUACUAAAACAUGUGUUUGAUUACUAAUAUGUCGGCAUUAAAUAUAAAGUAUCAAUCCAAUUACUUGUGAAGCAGUCAGUAAACAGAAACCAAAAAUUCGUACUUAUUAUGCAAACAUGAAUCAUCGUCACUUAUAUGGAUUGCAAAUUUGUUAACAUAGUUCUUAAAUUAAUCUAUAACUACAAGAGAAAAGAACAAUUCAAAUGGGUAUAGCGAAAAUACAAAAGUUCUUUGUUUGUUUAAACACACUACCGACGGUGUUCGACGGCUCACUUACUUAAAGUAUACGUGUGCCACUUUUCAUAUGAGGGUUUUUUUUAUUUCCUACAUUAAACUACAAUCUGUGAAAAUUUUCUGUUGUAAAAGCCCACAACUGUCAUGUAACAAAAGAGCAUAGCAAUAGAGCUGUAAUUGAGCCAUACAUUAAAUUUUACCUGUUUCUUAGGUUAGGAGUAAAUCGACUAGAAGGAUUGCGAAAACAAAUUAAAGGAUUUUCAUGGAGCUGUUAGAGCAGCGAUCAUCAUCAAAGCAAUGGUGUAGAUUUACAUGACACUUUCUGCAAUUCCCGAGAUGUUGAAAAGAGUUGCUUUUACUUUUAAAUUCACAGAAAUAUUUAUACUUCAGUGGAAUAAUUCCGAAUUUAUUACAAUGUUGGCCAUAAUUUGAUGGUAGGAAAAUCAAAAUCUCCCGGUUAUAAAAAUUACAUUCAAAUACGGGAAUAGUAGUUGCAAAAGAGUAUUUUUUAGAGGCAUAAAAAUAACCCGAUAUAUUAUUUCAAGUCGAUUCAAAAAUUUCUAUGUUAAAUGUAAAGUUAAAGAAUCUCUAAAGGAGUAUCGUGUAUGUCUUAUAUUAUGUCUGACAUCAAAAUAACGCCUUUUGGAUUAAAAUAUAUGCUUCUUCGAAAAAUUUUGCCAGCUCGCACAUAGAUUCCAGCACGGCAGUCAUCUGGUAUUGUGUGCCAGAGCAACUCGAUGAGGAUGGCAGAUAAUAUCUAUUAUUGUGCUACAAAUAAAGAAGAACUCUAUCUGACAGACACUA